CGUCAAUUAAAAAGUUAGGUUACUAAACAGGUGAGGUGAGGAAGUGUAGUGUAUUUUCGUCGUAAAAGUAUAAAAAUUUAACUAAAAAUGAGUUCUGGAUUCAUAUCGGAGACCGAGAUAUUGGAAGCAAGGCGUCGCCGACAGGAGGAAUGGGACAAAGUACGCACUGAAGACCAGCCUGAACAGGCACCAGAAGAGCCGUACGACACCAGGCCACUGUACCAGCGCCUGGAAGAGCAGAGGAUGAAGAAGGAGGCUGAAUAUGAAGAGGCUCAUAAACUCAAGAACAUGAUCCGUGGUCUAGAUGACGACGAGGUGGGUUUCCUGGACCUAGUGGAGCGCUCGAAGGCUAAAGCCGCCCAGCAGAUCUCUAUUGAGGAGCAGCGCGAGAUGCAGGAGUUCAGGGAGCGUGUAUCCAACUUGGCGGAGAGCGAGGAGCUAUCGCGGCUCCGCGCGCAGCUGGCGCCCGCGCGGAACACCAACAACACACAGGCGCAAGCGCAGAAGAAUAAACUGCAAGGGGUAGUAGUGCGUAAGCGUAAGGCGAGUGAGAUGGAGGGCGACAAACAAGAGAAGGGCUCCCCGUCGCCCAAGACUAACGGACUUGUGUCUGCCAGCCCUAAUAACAACACAGAGAACACAUCGUCAGAUUGCGGUCGUCGCUGCGUGGGAGUGCUGCCGGGGCUCGGCCACUACGACACCGACUCCACCUCCGACACAGACGAGUCCAGCGACCACGACUCCCUUACUAGCGAUAACGACAAAUGCUGCGCCAAACGCGAUAUGCUCGGUCGCCGUCACGAAGAUAAGUCACGAAAAGAUGACAAGAGUUAGAGAUACGGCGGCAAUCGUAGGCAACUUGCUAUAUUAUAUCUUAAACUGCAGUUUUAUAUUACAUACAGUUUCUUCACUUAUGGUAUUCAGAUCAAUAGUAUUUAAAAGGUACCUACGACCUACAAUAAUAUGGGUACCUAUUGGUCCAGGCUGGGCCUGAAAUAUACACCUCAUCUCCUAUUUCUGAAAACCGCAUGAAAAUAUGUGUAGUAGUUUUUGAGUUUAUCGUGAACUGACAGACGGAUGCGGGAAAGGAGUUUGAAUAUGUAGUGUCUUGUAUUUUAAACCAGUCAUCUUAGAUUGCAAGUUAGACAUUAAAUAAUUGUGCGUCAAGUUUCAUAGGGCCUUCUUUUUAACGACGUCAAAAAUCAUCAAAUGACCUCUCCCGCUGUGGGUUAGCAGCGGUGAGGGAGUGUCAGACUCUUACUGACUAAACACCGUCGUGUUCCGUCGUAGACCUUUGUACCAGGGCCGCGGUAUCUCGCGCGGACAAUCCCGCAGCCCCGGGGUGUCAUAGGGUCUCAAAUUAUCUUGAGGUUAUCUCUAAGGUUCUAUUUAUAAGGGUCUAACUCUGAACUCAGAAAGUUGGUUGUAAUUUUUAUCAAGAUGACUGGGCUAUUGUAAAUAAUUUUGAUAUCUCAGAACAAUAUCGCGCUAUAAAGACGAAUAAGAUUGUUGAAUACAUAAUAUGUGUCUAUAUAUUUGUGUCUCGACAUUUUUUGUUACUGCCAUGUAAAUAAUGCCUAAUAAAAAUACUUUUAAUAUAGCUAUUUAGACCCAAACUCCAUAAAAUUGGAGGAGUUUUUAACCUUUUCACCGCCACGCCAUAUCGGUAUUCCUAUGCCCUGUACGCCAAGCCCGAAAAUCUUAAUUAAAUAUCUACUAAAAAAUACAUAAAAGUAAUGAUUUAAUAGGUUUAUUUUGUAUUUUUCUGUUUUUUGUCGAGUAUAGCCGUCGUUGGCGCACAGGGCACGCUUGCUCAUGUCGGCUAUAGCCGACAUUGGCGUUCAAAAGGUUAAACAACCAAUAAAAUGUCGUUAUUCACACAUAGGCUCCGCCCACUCCCUAAGCGGAGAAAUCCUAUUGGUUGUUCAAAAACUUCUCUGCUUUAGUGGCGUUUUUAAUGCACAAUAAAAAAAAAGACUAAUAAAUACUACUCUUGUACUCAAUAUGAUGUUUAUAAUAUUAGGAAGGUACUUGCAACUGUAUAUAUUGUAAAACUGCUUAUGUGAUCUAAUCUAAGUUAUCGAUAGUACAUAUAAUUUUAAAAUUUA